CUCCUCUGUUUCGCUCUGUUUUCCUGUUCCAAUUCUCUCACCAUUGCAUAUGUUUCAAAGGUUGUCCUUUUAUCAUGAUUUCCACCUCCCCACGCCGUCCUGCGUAGUGGGUUCAGGUGAUUUUAUUUGUUAAUGUAUGAUGGAUGGAGUAAUUUGCUCUGAUGCAAAGAUGGACACCACCGUCGCCAGCACGACUGCAAGCACUUGCCGGCCGCCGCAAGUCGAUGGCGGUCAUAACCAACUUCACCACAGGCGCUCUAGGAGUGCCUCUGAGAAGAACGUGGAAGUACAGAGAAUUCUGCAAUCCAAGAUGAGGAACAAGGAUCACCAAACCGAAAUGCAAAUGAUGUCAUCAUCACCAGCAUGGGCAAGAAGGAGCCAUGUGGCCGUGCAAAGCCCUCUGCGUGAAUUUUCUAGCAGGAAUGACCCUUCGAACCACAGAGCCUCCCUAGAGAAAGAUGUUGAGCUUCUCCAGUUAAGGCUGCAGGAAGAAAGAUCAAUGCGUUUGAUGCUUGAACGAGCCAUGGGCCGUGCUUCCAGUACUUUGUCUCCUGGCCACAGGCAUUUUGCUUCUCAGACGAAGGAGUUGAUUGCGGAGAUCGAGUUGCUAGAACAAGAGGUAACAAACCGCGAGCAGCACGUGCUAACGUUGUACAGAACCAUAUUCGAUCAGUGCGUGACUAGUACUAGUAGGGCGACUUCACAGCAAAGCUCCAAUGUGGCUUCUCCUUCCCAUCCUCCUCCUCCUGCUCCUGCAAAGCAUUUGUCCUCUCCAUCGUCCAAUCAUAAUAAGAAACAUCCAAGGAUCAUCUCAAGUGCUUUCUGUUCUUCCAAGUUGUUCCCUUUGAGACCUCUGCAGUCACUUGUUUCCAUCAAUGGUGGCGGUGAAUCGGGGAAGAGACCAUCAAGUAGGGCAAAUGUUGGUGCUAGCACGUUGUUUGGUAGGAAAGAUAAUCGGCUACACAAGUCCUGCUCCAGCCAAGUUAAGGUUCAUCAAAGGGGUGCAGCAUCAACACUAGUGGAAAGAUCAGUGUCAAUUCAGCAGAAGACUCUGAAGGAUCAUCUCGACCAAUGUCCAAGCAAGCUCUCCGAGGAGAUGGUGAAGUGCAUGGCUGCAGUGUACUGCUGGCUCUGCAGCAGCUCGACGCCAGCUGGCGCGAACCCAUCUGUCAAAGGCAGGUCGCCUCUGUUGUCGAGGUCGUCCACCAAUGUCGUGCUUCCAAGGCGAGGAAACAACGUUGUUAACGGAGAGCAGAUCAGCCAAGAGGAAGAAGAUUGGUCGUGCAAAUCGACUGUGGAAGUUUGUUGGAUCUCGACUGAUAAAAGCCGCUACUCUUGUGCAUCCUAUGCCAUUGACCACUACAGGGUUCUAGUGGAACAGCUGGAAACAGUGACAGUAACCCAGAUGGGACACGAUGCUCAAGUUGCAUUCUGGAUCAACGUCUACAAUUCCCUUGUGAUGCAUGCAUAUUUGGCCUAUGGCAUCCCCCACAGCUCCCUGAGGAGGUUAGCUCUGUUUCACAAGGUACUUCAACUUACUUUGCCUUAUGCCAUUGUGCAGGCUGCUUACAACAUAGGUGGCCACAUCAUAAGCGCAAAUUCCAUUGAGCACUCCAUCUUCUGCUUCCGGACACCUCGUGUUGGGAAGUGGCUUGAGACCAUUCUCUCGACGGCGCUGCGGAAGAAAUCAAGCGAAGAAAGGCAACUCCUUUCUUCCAAAUUCGGCCUCUCAAUUCCUCUGCCGCUAGCCUGCUUCGCCCUCUGCACCGGCACAUUCUCCGACCCCGUGCUGAAGGUGUACACGUCAUCCAACGUCAAAGAAGAGCUGGAAGCUGCAAAGAAGGAGUUCCUGCAAUCGAACGUCGUAGUGAAGAAGUCGAAGAAGGUGUUCCUCCCGAAACUGCUCGAGCGGUUCGCGAAGGAAGCUUCGAUGACGAUGAGCUCCGACGACGACGACGAUCUGAUCAAGUGGGUGGUGAAAAAUGUCGACAAGAAGCUCGGAGAUUCGAUUGAGAAGUGCGCCGGUGACCGGAAAUUGGGGAAGAAGCAGGCGUCGAAGGUCGUAGUAGUGGAGUGGUUGCCUUAUAGUUCUAGAUUCCGGUACGUGUUCUCCAAAGACUUGACUGAAAAGCCAUGGUGGGUAUGAGAACAAAUUAAACAAGAAAGAUUGGAGAAGUAUUCCUCUGUACAUAUGCAAUGUCAUGCUCUUUCUCCCAACGUUGAAUCUUAAGAGUUUCAUCUUGUGGUUUAGAAAUGCGCACGGACGGUCGGAUCGCGGAGCACAAAUUUGCAAUCGUUCGAAAUUUGUCGAAAUCGUAGAAUGGCUUGUUUGGAACAACAAAUGAUGUUCUUUAAUGAUGAAGACGGAUGCAAUUUCGAAGAUCUUGAAAAUUUAUGCAAAAUAAUAUUUUUUUUUUGUUAGA